GUCUCUCGACGGCGCAAUAGUUUCGGAGCGCCGAGGCGAAAGCGCAGUUCCUGUAGCAGGCUGGCGGAAAUUGGCGCCAGUAAUAUAAUAAUAAUUUAAAAAAAAAAACGUAUUUAGUUAAAUAGAAGUGCGGGACACGUCGACGACCGACGUGUGGUACUAAACAUGCCAUUAUAUAACGAUGAAACCGAGUUUACGGAUAUCCACAUGAUCCAAAAAGUCGUGGGUUUAUUUGAGCACAAACCUCAAAUGCAGAGGAUCAUAACAUGCGGCCUUUUCGGUAUCGAAUACGACCCGGAGCUAGAUCCGGACGACUUUGAGCGCUGGACCGGCCGCCGUCGCGAUUUUAACGAGCCUUUCGCCGACGAUAGAUUGGGAGCCAACAGCAGCAGGGCGUCCGGCUCUGCCUACCAGUCUCCUCUCCAUUACUACUCGGUCCGGGACAACACCAGCCCAGCAUUUUACAAAGUUCAGGAGAAGGAGAGCGAUUCUGAACGGAAAGCCAGAUUAUUACAAGAAGCUAAGAAGAGCAAAGAAAAGGCAGAGAAAAAGCGGCUGAAGAAACAGAAACGGAAGCAAAGGAAACAAAUGGAGAAGGAGAAGCAAAACCCGGGGAAACCCGGCGAGGGAGACGGUGGCGAGCAAUCUAAGCCGGAGGAGAGUAAGUCUGUCAACGAUCAAGAGAAGAAGGAUUCGGCCGCAGCUAAAGAGGCGGACAGCGACGGCAGCAGCUGCUCCGGCCAGGAAUCCAGCGACGAAGAGGAGGAUGCUAAAAACGACUCGGACGACUUGGAGGAACUGGAUAUGACGAGUACUUUCGUGAGCAAGGCUGCUGUCAUAGCGCAGCGAAAACUGGAGCAGAACUCCAAGUCGGAGAGAAGGGAGAAAAAGAAAGCUCCAGAGAAGAAGUCUCCAGGCGCCCGGGAUAAAACGCCUGAGAGCAAAGCGGCUGUGAAGGAGCUACGGCACAAGGAUUCUGCCGUCCCCAGUGGCCCCUCCUUAGAAGAUAACGUGAAAAUUAGUACCGAUCUCGCAAUUAUAGGAAAUAAGUUUGCCAGCGAAGGAGACUAUAGCAUGGCUGUCAAGUAUUUCACCGACGCAAUUAAGUACAACCCUAAAGAAUUUAAGUUGUUUGGGAAUCGCUCCUUCUGUUUUGAGAAGAUGCUAGAAUAUGAGAAGGCGCUGGCGGACGCAGAGUUGUCCCUCAGCGUGUCUCCAGGGUGGAUUAAAGGCCUCUUUAGAAAAGGGAGAGCCCUCGCAGGUUUAAAGAGAUAUGAAGAGGCUGCCGAUGCCUUCAGGGACGUCCUGAAACGAGAUGGUUCCUACGCAGAGGCUGCCCAGGAGCUCAUGCGAGUGCAGAUAAUACAGCUGAUGGCUUACGGUUUUACGCGGGAGCAGAGCUCCAACGCUUUAAUUAUUCACGGGACUGUAGAUAAGGCCUUUGCGGUUCUGUCCAAAUUGCACCAUCCACCGGGGCCCGUUUUAAAUGGACCUCCCCCACCGACUCAAGUAGCAAACGUCACGGGAACCUCUCCGGUCCUCUCCGCUAAUUCAAAUCCACAUCAAGCAUCCAAUAAGAAGCCGGCCCUGAGCAAUCCUCUAGGCCCGUCUCAGAAUAUACCCAAGCCUGCCUACCACCCGCCCAUGAAGAUAAAUAAUAGUGAUAAUAGAACCCCGCUGGAGCUGUUUCCAGUUUGGGUGGGAAACCUGGAUCCUCGGAUAACCGAGGCCGCGGUUAGCAAGCUGUUUAGCAGGGCCGGCCCCGUCUUUAGUGUGAAGCUUCUGUCCAUCAGACGCUGUGCCUUUGUGAACUUUACUAGACAAGAGCACUGCGACGAAGCAAUCAGACGCUUCCAUGGUUUUGAUCUGCAUGGCUUAAAAUUAGCGGUGAGAUACCCGGACCGGAUCCCUCCAGGGAUGGGUAUAUCCAGGUCCGCCCUCAGAGCUUGUGACCUGGAGGAUGAGAAUGUCAGGAUGUAGAGCGAUGGGAAGAAAGCGGUUUGAAACCAAAUGUUUUGGUUCUGGGUUGUUUUCACAGCCACUGGUUCCUCAACAGAUCGUCUUCAAUACAAAUGGAUUAUCUGAAGUUUAUUUGCAGAAAGAAAAAAAAAACAUGUAUUCACAGAAUUUGAAGGAUUUCCUACCUGAAGUAUCGACUCUUGUUGUGUCACAGAAGUCAGAAUCUUACGUAUAAUCACAGACACAUUUAUCCAACUAUGGUUAAUUAUUCUUCUACUUUGUGUUAAAAUGAAUAUGGUUAUUUCAAGAUGUAACAUGCAGAAGGUCACCGUUGUAAUUGAAUGUUGGCGUAUAGUCGCAUUGAGUGCCGCUGGCUUUAUUUAACACUCUGUUAAAGCUCGUUACCUGCUUACAGUAUUAGAACGGUUAUAAGUUUAUAUUCCAGGUAUCUGUUUAAUGAUUUAUUCAGAAGGUAAAACGCAGGGAUACUUUACAUUGACCUUACACACAUAUGGAUCUUAAACGCCUUACACACGCAGCCUGCAUCACUUAUCUGUAACCAGGUUUUUUUCUUCAGUGUCUCAGUUCUCGUAGUGAAUUAUUCUCCAGUUUACAUAAGAGCAGUUCUAUAAAUCCUGGUUUAUGCUUAUGUUCUUUCUUAUCCUUUUUACAAGUGGUGGACCAUGAGGUUGCCAUUACUUAUGCCUUUAUGAAUCACGUGGCUAUUGCUAAUGUGAAAAAUAAAGAUGCUUUAUUAAUCGUAA